UGCUGUGUCCCUUCCUACUCAAAUUACUAACUCCACCCCAAAAAAGAACUUCUGUUGAAACUUCUGUAGAAGAGACAGAUCCUGCUCCUGAAACCAUGGGGCCUGUCAGCUACUCAUCAGAGACCUAUGACUUGAGCCAGGUGGAACUGAGUGGGUACUACGAAGCUGAGAACACCACCCCUUCUUUGGAGGGCUACUUUUGCUUCAACCCAGCCUCAUCAGUGGUCGGCAACCAGAGAGACCCCUUCAGAAAGGUCUUCAUGCCCCUCAUCUAUCUGCUGAUGUUCAUGUUGGGGACUGUAGGCAAUGCUCUGGUCCUGGUCAUUUUAGAGAGGUUCAAGCGGUCUCGCACCACCACGGAAAACUUCCUUUUCCAUCUCACCCUGGCCAACCUGGCACUGUUGCUUACCUUCCCGUUCAGCGUGGUAGAGAGCUUGGCUGGGUGGGUAUUUGGGAAGUUCCUCUGCAAGAUACUCAGUGCUGUCCACAAGAUCAAUUUCUACUGCAGUAGCAUGCUGCUGGGGUGCAUCGCAGUGGACCGUUACCUGGCCAUCGUCUAUGCAAUCCACACCUACCGCAAACGCAGAGCUCACUCCAUCCAUCUCACCUGCACGGCUGUCUGGCUCUGCUCACUGCUUCUGACUUUACCCGAUCUCAUCUUCAUGGAAGUCUGGACAGACGACAGCAACCGCAGCAUUUGCUAUUUUCCAGAGGUUGGGAUUGAUGGCAACAAUGCCUGGCUGGCAACUCGCUUCCUCUACCACACUGUGGGCUUCUUUGUGCCCCUGCUGGUCAUGUGUUACUGCUACAUGGCCAUUGUCCGGGUGCUCUGUCAGUCCCAGCGCCUGCAGAGGCAGAAAGCUGUCCGUGUGGCCAUCCUGGUGACAGGAAUCUUCCUGCUCUGCUGGAGCCCGUACCACAUCGUCAUCUUCCUGAACACACUUACCAAGCUAGAAGCCUUCACCAAGAACUGCCUCCUGGAAGACCAGCUGGACACAGCCAUCAUGGUGACAGAGGCCAUUGGCUUCACACACUGCUGCCUCAACCCCAUCCUCUAUGCCUUCAUUGGAGUCAAGUUCCGUAAUGACUUCUUCCGGAUCCUGCAGGAGCUUGGCUGCAUAAGCCAGGAGACCCUGCAGGAGAUCCUGGAGGUGACAAGGAAGGGUAGCGGGAUUGAUUCUGACAACACCACCUCCAUCUCCACCUUCUAGCUGGAAAAGGCUGCCUGCAGGACAAAACUGGCCUAGGGCUUUCCUUCCUAGUGGCAUACUUGCUGUGGUCUCAGUUACAAGUUUCACAAGCAACCCCACCACUUUUCUUUGCUCCUCAGGAAACAGGUCCAAUAGCCACCGAACACCCGAAUCCCAUCAGAUACCUUGCCUGGCUCCUCCUGAUUCUCGUACCUGUAGAGAUCUGCCUGGCAGCUGUUGGUGAAUGCUGGCUGUCCAGUGGUCACUCCCGUGGGGCUGGAUGAACCCAAGUGGGUUGAACUGACACUCCCACCUCUCCCUCAAAAUGGUGACUGCAGGCAUCCUGUGCAUGAAGCCAGGCACAAGACUGGGGUGCCAGGGGCAAGGAAAAAAGUGCAGCCAACUAAGCUAAGCAGGUCUCCAUUUCACUAGCUCAGGUUGGUACAGACAUGCCCAAAGGAAGCAGCAGGACCCAUUGGCCACACCAACUGGAAAGAGAGAUGCAGGUAGGACUCAUGGGGGCUGUAGAGCUCAAUCGCAUAGCAUGGGCAUACAGUGCUGAACACUCUCUGACUGCAACAUUGUCUUCCUGCUGCAUGACAUCCCCCCCAGCCAGCCAUGACACAUUCACCUGCCCGACACAGCUCAUGCCAGCAGGUCCUCCCACAGACUAACAGAUUUGACUGUCACAGACUCCUUUCCUGACACCAGUUGCAUCUUUCCCCACUCAUUUGAUCUGUUUUACUGCUGUUAAGAUCUUCUGUGAGUGGCUGCUGAACUGAAUGCCUGACUAUGCAAAAGUUUUCCUUUAAGGAAAAACACCAUUUGAAGAGAUGGCUUCUGUCUUGUGACUCUGCACAGGGGACAGAAACCACACCGCUUUGUAAGUCUGAAGGUGUAACUUUUCUUUCAGCUCACUGUAUGGCAAUUUGUGGGUUCUGAGAGCAAGGAGACCCACUGCCCCAAAGUAAGGAAAAGAGCUCGUUUGCAUAAUUUCUCUUUGUUUUUAGCGAGGCGAGAGGAAAUGCAGCAUUUUGCUUUGCACUGUGCUUUCUGAUAUUUUUCCUCAACAGGGCUUUCAGAGAUUAAGUGCAUCCAGGUGUACAGAGAACAAACCUGGGUGGUGAUCUUGCCCUGAACUGCAGCUGAACUUCACUAUACCCAAGGGCCCUUCUAAAAAGACCAGGCAUUAUGGAAGGGGUUACGUUACCUCAGUCUGGCUCAGGUAGAGAACUCAAUAGCUCGUUCUCACAUUGUGACUUCAGGAGAAAACUCACCAAGUAUAAGGCAGUCCACCAUUUCCUGCAGUGCUGCAUCUUCAAAGAUGAAACCUGCAAAUAAUGGUGACUGUAAUUGUUCAAGCAUGUACAUGCAGCAGAGGAAGAGCAGCUCUCUUUAGCCUGUCCUCGUGUUCUCCAUGGUUGUACCAGUGAGUAGACCCAUUGCAGAUGCAUUGUAAACACCUCCCCAGCAGGUUCUGAUGAAACUGUGUUUCCACAUACAUAAAACUGUUACUGAAGAAAUGAACAAUCAGAGUGUAAAAUUCUUACAGUGGUCACAAAGUAAAAUCUGCACACAAAGUAAGAGUCAACAGAUUGAUUACACAUCUAUUGUUACUAUAGUUUUUAGUACUGGUAUGUACAAACCUUUAGAAAUGUUUGAUGUAAGCUGUAAUAAACAACUGAAGGAAACACCUUCUCAUGGAUAGUGCUUGUAAGCAGUUGUCUGCAGUCAUGUCACUUUCUCGAGGGAAACGCAUCAGAGAGCACUGAGUGGGCAGACAUCACCUUUCUGACAAGCACUGCUGUUCCCACAUGGGGACCACAGGGCUCACAAGACCACCCUGUUCAGAUUCCCCUUCACUGGUGCCACAGAAUGCCCUGCUGUGUUCAGAGUCAGUCCAGAUCUACAUUAGCUGUCUGCUUUCCAGAGCCUCUUCCACCAACUGGAGCACCUGCUGCCCCAGUUUUACAGCAGCUGCUAACCCAAGUGGAAAGCUGUCCUUGCACCCACAUUUGGCUCAGCCAGCCUGGGAAUGGCUUGGCUCAGAGCUGGCAGACCCUUCCCCAAAGAGCAGCUGCUGCUCCUCCCACAGCUGCCUGCAGCCAACCUGCUGAAUGGUGACAAGAAAGCAAGAGGAACUUUCCUUCACCACAGAGGAAGCUGGGCUUUUCACUCAAUGAAACCCUUGCUGCCUCCUCAAGGUUUGCAUGGCUGUCACACGGCCCAGAGCGGGCUUCCCUGCCACCAGAGCCACCCCCAGACACCACAGCCCUCAGGCACACAAACCUUCAGGCUCCCCUGUGGAGCUCAGCUCAGCCCCUAUUCCACUGCUACCAAGUGAGGCAGAUGUACUCUGCCCACCCAGGCCACCAGGAAGAGGCACUGAGCCCAGGGGAGCUCCAAGGUGGCUCUUGCAGGGAGUGGGGAAGUGGCGUGUGGGAAGGCAAUCUCACCACCAUCCACAGCACACACUCUGCACCCCCAGCCCUGGACCAUGCUCUGCAAACAAGGCUCCAGCAGACAACCAAGAGAAAGCCUUGGUCUCUGCUGAAGGCAACCCCAAAGACAAGGACACAAAGACUCACAACAGCACACUGCUCUGCAUUUCCUGCAGGGCAACCAAGUCUCCCAGGAGGCAGAGCUGGGGUGUUUCAGCAGAGCAUCCUGCUACACGCGCGCGAUGAUCACAGGGCUGUGGCAGGCAGCGGAGCGUGCAUGCGUGAUCACGAGCCAGCAACGCAUGAAUGAACGCGUGCCUGGGAGCGCUGCAGAGAAAGGGCUCCCCCGAUGCCCACGCAACCCUCCCAGCAGCUCUUGCACCCUCUUGUCCCCACUGCAGUCCCAUGGAAAAUCACGUGGAAAAAGACAGGCACAAGGUCAGGUUUUGAAAUUUGUCUUUUUAAUAAAAAGGCACCUAUAAAACAGGUCAAUACAUUACAGGCAGCACAGAUACCCAAAAACAAGCCUAAAAAUUGUUUCAAAUAAAAACCAAUAAGAUGUCUUCACAUAUUGUAUUUAUAUAUUUAUAUUUAUAUAUAUAUAUUUAUAUAAUGGUACAAAAUGACUGGGGAAUUUCUCCAUGGGAUGACAGAGAACAGGUCAGUCACCUUUACCUCAACGUGAAAGCUAAUUCCGGGUGCGUGAUUAUCCGACGUACUGAAAGAUGCGGUUUCCCAGCAUAUGCUUUUUUGGAGCCGGAAAAACAUGGCGAAGUCAUGGCUAAAAGAUGGGCAAACCUACUGUGAUUAGGUGGAGUCAGUACACAGAACUCAAGCUGAGAAGCCGAGCAAUAAACUACAAGACACAAGACUAGACACAGGUCACGGCAGCAGGCAACCAGCUGAUGGCAAACCUUGCCCAGGUCUAACACAGACUGGCUGUCACUGAGCCUCCAGAGGAACUCCUGCCACACUGCUGUUCACAGACAUGGUUGGGAGUGGUGCCCAGGGCAGAAGGGUGUUAGGCAGCACUUCUUCUCCCCGUUGUUCAGCCCUCUCAGUGGUAGGGAUAGGGCUGGCUCUAGGGCAGUGCAAUUUUGCAGAAGAGCAUCGACUGCUGCUCUAGAAUCCUCAGUUCUGACCUAGUAUUGGGAUUUCCCUUUUGUAUCCAGGGCUGCUGAGUCAAAAGGCUUUGCUUCUUAUUUGUCACUGAAGGACAGGUGUUCCUUCUGUUGCCAGGUAGAAAUAGCACUGCACUGCCCCAUCCCCACGAGCAGCCAGCACCAGCCUCCUGAGUCCUGCACAGCCUGGGGGUUGCAGCCUGGGGGCUCCGGCUGAGCAGGGACAACACGCUGCCCACAAAGACAGGACUGCAAGCCCCAAGCAACUUCUGUGUCAG